UGGCUCAGCUGUAUGUUUACGUCAUUUACCAAUUGUGUUGCUCCAACGCUGAAUGUUCAGUUGGCAUGGUGAAUUCAAUUAUGGCGGCUGAAGUGAGGUGGCUGUAUGUUUUCACUUUUCUUUUAAAAAUAUUGUACUGUAAUGGUUCUGUGCCUCACAGAAGGUUUGAAUACAAAUAUAGUUUUAAACCUCCAUAUUUAGCACAAAAGGAUGGAAGCAUACCGUUCUGGGAAACAGGAGGAAAUUUGGCAGCAAGUGAUGUGAGUGUUCGAUUAGCAUCAUCUAUGCGAAGCCAAAAAGGUGCAAUGUGGUCGAAAAUGAAAACUACGUUUGAUUGGUGGGAAGUGGACAUAAUUUUCAGAAUCACGGGAAGAGGAAGAAUUGGUGCCGAUGGUUUGGCUUUCUGGUACACAGAAGACAAGGGAGACUAUAAUGGAGAAGUAUUUGGAAGCUCAGACAAAUGGAAAGGAUUGGGGAUAUUCUUCGACUCUUUCGACAAUGACAAUAAGCACAACAAUCCAUACAUUAUGGGUGUAGUAAACGAUGGUACAAUGGCUUUUGAUCACGCUAAUGAUGGAGCUUCACAACAACUUGCUGGAUGUUUGAGAGAUUUUCGUAACAAGCCUUUCCCUACAAGAGCAAGGAUAGAAUAUUAUAUGAACACGUUGACCGUUUUGUUUCUUGGUGGCACAACUAACAGCGAGCAAGAUUUCGAAGUAUGUUUCCGCAAAGAAAACGUGUACCUGCCCAAGGAAGGCCACUUUGGUCUCUCUGCGGCCACCGGAGGUCUAGCGGACGAUCACGACGUGAUCCACUUCCUGACGACCAGCCUGUACCCCCCGGGAACCCCCCUGCCCCAGCAAGGCGGUGCCCCCAGGGUCUCGCCCGAAGAACAGCAGAAGUUGUCCCAGGAAUAUGCCGACUAUCAACGUAAACUGGACCAACAGAAAGAAGAAUAUAGGAAGGAGCAUCCUGAAGCGGCCACUAAAGAUCCCGAGUCUGAAUUCGAAGACUGGUACGAAUCGGACAGUCAACGAGAGCUUAGACAGAUAUUUUCUGGACAGAGUCAAAUGUUCGAGCAAGUUCGUGCUCUCAGCCAGAAGUUGGAUGAGGUGAUUGGCAGGCAGGAGCGCACACUCAGUAUGCUUUCUUCUAUUCCAACCGGAGGAGCUCAACUUGUUCAAGGUGGAGGGUCAGGGCAGCCUGUUCAAAUGAUUGACACAAUCAGAAGACAUGAAGUUGAUGCUGUAAUCAACAAUCAGAACUCAAUUAUUGGCCUUUCAAAAGAAAUCAGGAACUACAUUGUAGAUGUACACUCGCGGACAGACAACAUUCUACAGAAUCAGGCGCGAGCGCCCACAGCCCAGGUGCAGUCAGUGGGCUAUGACAUGGUCUCGCUAGUCAACGAGCUGCGAGAUGGAUUGAAUAGUAUUAAGCGAGAAGCCACCAACCCCCAGGCGCAGCCAGACUGUACAGCUCCCAAUUGCGUUUCGCCAGUUGUCCUUGUGGCAGUUGCCAUAUUCCAAGUGGCCGUCAUUCUCCUCUACUCAAUUUACAAGGACAAUAAAGAGGCCCAGGCGAAAAAAUUCUACUGAGUUGCGAUCAGCUGUAAGAGCUGGUCAUAUUCAUUUGAAUUCAUAAUUCUCGGUGAUCGGUAACAUCAUGUGCAGUGAGUGUGCUAAGAAUCUUUGGGGGCUGCAAAUUGAAUCCAAAACAUUGUACUGACAAGACAUUCCAGUCAUUUUUGUAAAUUUUCCUGAUUUUUAGGAUUCUUAAAUUUGAAUCUACGGCCUCUCCAUACUUUUCAAUAUUCUCAUCUGUUUAGUGUACCGUAAGUAUGCGUAGCUUGUGUACUCGGAUUAUGCUUCAAUAAGCAUAGUAAAAUGUAAAAAUUAAAAUAUGGAUAUUAAGAAUUUAUUAGAGAUUUCUACAGCGAAUGAAUUUUGCUAUUUCAUUUUGUGAGCUAUAUUUUUCUUACAAGUAGCAUUUCAAAUAAUCAAUUUAAUUAUGUUUCUGUGUUACGAAUUUCAUCUUCUCAAGCGCAAAUGCCUUUUCUAGAUAUCAAUAUCAUGGUUGAAAAAUUAUUUGUUAACUUGAUAGUUUUAUAUGUUUAUAAAUCAAAUUUAAUAUAUUCAUUUUUGUAAACUUAAGUAAAAGAUCUUCCUUGCCGAUAGUGUUUCUAGUGUCUAAGUUUUAGUUUUGAAUUGCCUGUGUAGUGACGGGAUUGAAAUGGGGUUGGAAUAAAUUAUAGGGAAACACUCUUGUCUAUAUUGUAAAUUGAAUCACUUAUUUUCAAAUGAAAGUUCAUUGAGACAUAUAGUUAUGCAUAUGCUAUUUUGAUUCUAAUGACAGUUUUUUACUCUUACGCCGUUUCAAGAAUAUCUUACAUGUAUAUUUCAUAACAUAAUUACAUUUUGAAUCGUCCAUUAAUUCUCAUAACCGCCAAAUGAAGAAAGUAAUCCUCUUUAAUUGUUUUCUCUGGAUUUACAUUUUUAUUCCAAUAUUUACUAUUGAAUUGCAUCGUUAUGAAUAAUCUGAAAUAUUCAAAUUGGAACUAACUUUAAAAUCAUGAGAAUAUGAUCUAAAAUUUACAUAUUCCAGGGAAUUUGAACACCAUUCCAUUAAAACCUCGGAUAGGAAAAAUAUAUAGGCUAGGCACUGACGUUAGUAUUGAAUCUUUCAAUCUGUUACUCUAGCUAUGGAAUGUUAGUUCUUGGUAUUGUACAUUAUAUAAUAAAUAAUCAUUUAUAGUAUCAGAUCAAAAAAAAAAACAUUUUUUCCUCACUAACAGUUUACAUAAGGCCUUGGGAUCAAUUAUUGGAAUCUAUCUAUUUAAGAACAAAAGACAAAUUUAAAUUAUAAUAAAAACUCAAUGUAAAUUACUUUUUAGUUGAAUUUCCUAUCUUAUUUUCUCAGUGAGGUUCUAUCAAUUUGAAAACAAGUUCUUCUCAAUAACUAGGUCAAGACUCAUAAUUAGAGUAAUCUCUUUUAGUGUGUGUUAUUGAUGUUACUAAUUGGUGAAUUUGCGGAUAUUUUACGGUAUUGCACUUUCGGUCUGAAAUUAUUCACCUUCCAGUUAGAGAACUCAACUUUUGUUAGGCAUUCUUAACUUAGUAUUAUUAUUAUUGCUCAGGUUCAUAGAUAUCACUUAAUAGAAUUAACUAUUUAAGCUUUUGCUAAAAGUAAAGAAGACUGAACUUUCAAUCCAAUUAUUGUUUUCUAUUUCCAUCCUGGAUGAAAAUAAUCCAACUUAAUUACAAAUAAUGACUUAAUUACAAAAACUUAAUGCGCCGAACAAGAUAAAAACAAUGCAUUGAUGAAUAAACCAUGCAUUGCAUGAAUUUUUGUAUUCAUUUCCCUGAUUUUGCUGAGGUUCGGGGCAGAGGCAUAACGGAAUUUGCUUACUAUCUAUUGAAUGACAGCAGGUCUAUUGUUCAAACUAGUAUUUUACUCAUCUUAAAAUUAAAAUAAUUAUUAUUGUCAUCCAUCGUACCUGAGUAAUAUCAUAAAAUAUCGGUCAAGUUUCAAUGAAUCAAUUAUUCACCACAAUAUUUCCUUAGCCUCAAUAUUUUGCAUGGAAUGUCUUUUGUAACUUAUCCUAAAUUUAGUAAAAUUUAAAUUUUGUUCUGUAAAGAUUUUAUUCACUUGAUCGACUUGAGCUACUCAGUUAUGAAAUUUCAAGUAUGGUUUGAACCACACUCGAUUGUUUUAGAUUAAGAUAAUAUUUAAGUUAAUUGAGACAACAUACAACAGAAUGGUACCAAAUGUUAUUUCGAAUUCUAGAAAUGUUAUAUUUCUUUAAUAUCUGGCUUCUUAACAAUUAUGAUUUUAUGUUGAAAAGAUUGAAAAAAACAUUGGAUUUUAAUGUGUUGUAAUGGUUCCAUCCAGUACUUGGGAGGAAAGUCUCAUAUCUAUCAAAAAUAAAUUUCAUUGAAUACAAAUUACUAUCUGAAUGUUUCUUCCUUAUAAUCAUUACUGUUUUGUGUAACAUUUCAUCUUUCCUUGAAGAUUAUUUAUAUUUUCAAUGAUCACUUAAUUUUAGUGUUCUUGUGGUUUAUGAAUUGUAAAUAAAGAGGUUGUUUGAAUA